CCGUGUAACUAUGUCUGCGCCGGCGAAUGCUUCAGCGAUAUCUGAACAACUACAGUCAAAAUUCGACCUCGGAAUAUGGCACACGCUCUUCAACUGGGCUGACCUGACUGUCGCCGUACAAAAUCAAUGGGGCGGCCCCGACUCCUCCGACAAGCGCGACUGGCUGGCGGGUCAAAUCAGCGACCUUUUUGCCAGCGAGCCUGCGACCGACUGCGAAGACGUAGAAGUCAUGCUACUCCAGGUGCUUGAAGACGAAUUCGGCAUACGCCUCGAAGACGAGACAGAAGUCAACGUGGCCCGAGAGAUAAUGGCCUUGAGGAAGGAGAUCUUGGAGGGCAAGACCGACAUCGUGGACAAGCUGCAACAGAAGUGGGAAUCAAGAAAGGGCAAGGAGGUCGACACGGGGAGUGUCAACGUCAAGGAGAGCAACCAAGAGGCCGAGUGGGAUAGCGUGGAUGAGGAGAGCGACGAGGAUGACGAGGACGUUGAGAUGGGUGAUGCGCCAGCGUUGGUGCCUGCCAAAGCAAAAGAGCCCAAACCUGAGCCCGAGGUGGACGAUGACGGAUUCACAAAGGUCGUGGGAAAGAAGAAGAGGUAAUUGAGGUCGGCGCUGAGCUUCAGCAGUUUGACAUCGGGAGAGCGAGCAUCGAAUGAAGAGACAUGGCGCUAGCUAGAUAGCUUCAGUGCUAGAUCUGACCGCAGAACGCCGCUCUGUAUCGGCAGGUCGAUCAGAGCACUGUACAUGAGCAAAAGCAAUAUUUUCCAA